AUGACCACAGCUUCAGACUCACAUGAUUCAAAAGUCCUUUCAGUCAUUCUCUGCAAUGGAUGUCUCAUUAUCGCUUCCACCUUGGCUCUUUUUGUACGGUUGUUCGUACGAAUGAAGUACCUGACUGGAAUACAAUUGGAUGAUGUCUUUUGCGUAGUUGGCUGGGUGAGGUGUUUUCAAGAAAGAUCCAUGACCGGAUACGGAUAUGGAAAACACAUUGAUACAAUUCAUAGUGAAAAAGAAUUGGAGAUUUUUCUGAAGCUUGACUUUGCGACGGAACUAAUGUAUUUGCACGCACUUUGUGCAAUAAAGAUCUCAUUCUGCCUGUUCUACUUAAAAAUCUUUCCCGGUAACCGGUUUAGGAUAAUAGUAUGGUGCAUUUUGGGGCUAGUCAUUUCAGAAACCGCCGAAGAAACAUUCGUUGUGAUUUUCCAGUGCUGGCCAAUUCGAAAGGCAUGGGAUCCAACAGAGAAAGAGGGUGGCAAAUGCCUACCGCUCCUAGCCUUUUUCUACAUCUCCUUUGCAGCAAGAUUGGUGACAGAUCUUGCGCUGUUCACGCUUCCGGUACCGCAACUUAUAAGACUAAAGAUGACAUUCGUUAAACGAGCAGGACUCUUGUGGCAAGCAUCAUCCGGUCGACUUAUCUUAAUAGAUUUUUCAAGGAUCGCACACAAUCUAGUUGAAACACUCAACUGGUCCUCAGCUGAACUCGAAUUAGCAGUUUUCAUAUCUUGCUUUCCUUCUUUUAAAGCUCUUGUUUCCUUCCGCUAUCCUGGACUACGUCGAAAAUUGGGGUUAUCAGCUGAACACAGCUAUGGAGCAAGUUACGAGCUGUAUAACUCAAACCCAGACGAAGACCAUUCCCGCGGACUGUUUCACAGUUCAGAGUCAAAGAAGGCUGGUGCGAUAUUUGGGACACAUAUCGAGGUAGGGGCAAGCCAAAAUGGAUCUGAGGAGCCUAAUUUACCAUGCCAACGAAUGUGA